AUGAGACUUUCAAAUCUAAACAAAAGAUUUUCGUGGGGCUUUAAAAAAGUUUUCCAUGCUCUCAAUCAACAGGCGUUGCCUCUUAAUAUCUUGUUUUAUGUUCCUGGAAUGUGCAUUUGGUUUUUGUACUUUCAUAAUUAUGCUUUUGGACUUCUAUAUGUCCCACUAUUUCUCAGUGCAAUGUUUCAUAAUUAUGCUUUUGGACUUCUAUCUGUCCCAGUGUUUAAAUACAACAUAAUGAGACUCAUUAUAUCAGGGAUUUACUGGAAAUGGAUAAUUGCUAUUUCAUUUCUCUCUGUGACUUUGCACUCUGCCAACUACGUCUUUAGCUUCAAAGAAAAUUCUGCCACUAAAUGUCUUGAAUGCUGUUCUUCCAUCUGCCUCAUUAGGUAUCGCGUACAAAGUGAUAAAAAGGUUGCAGUCUGUAGUGUACACCCAUCAGAACAAGCUACAUUACAGUGUAUUGGAUGUGUUAAAGCCAAAAUACCUGUUUCUAAAAGUUACCAUUGCUCGUCCAAGUGUUUUUCAGAUGCAUGGCAACAUCAUCGUCUUCUUCAUGAGCGUGCUGCUAGUGCUGUGAAUGAAAAUGGAAAUGAGGAGGAAGAAGUUUUUGCACGCAUUAAUGGUCAAGGUAAUACAGGAGCUGCUGUGGUCAAUACGAGCUUGUCUGCAUCACAGUCAAGUUCCAGCUUGGGGAAUAGCACAACUUUGUAUCCUGCUGCAAUUCAGAGUGGUAGCGAAACAAUGUUUGAAGUUGGACGCUCAAAGACAUAUACACCUACAGCUGAUGAUAUUGGUCACGUUCUUAAGUUUGAGUGUGUUGUGGUAGAUGCUGAGACAAAAUCAGCUGUGGCACAUUCAAGUACAAUAAUGACUUCCCGUGUGAUUCCAGCUCCAUCUCCCAGUUACCGUCGCUUGAUUCCAGUGAGUGGCAUUGAUGCGCCAGCUCAUUUAGAUAUGGAUGGUCGUAUUUCAUCUGUAGGAACAUUUACGGUGCUCUCAUACAACAUUUUAUCAGAAGUAUAUGCCACAAUUGAAUUAUACAGCUAUUGCCCUCCUUGGGCUCUUUCUUGGGCAUAUCGUAGGCAAAAUCUAUUGAGAGAAAUAGUUGGCUACCGUGCUGACAUUGUUUGUCUUCAAGAGGUUCAAAGUGAUCACUUCGAUGAGUUCUUUGCACCUGAGCUGGACAAACAUGGCUAUCAAGCUCUGUUUAAAAAGAAAACUGCAGAGGUUUAUAGUGGAGAUAUCAACAGUAUUGAUGGUUGUGCUACCUUCUUCCGCCGGGAUAAAUUUUCACAUGUCAAAAAAUAUGAGGUUGAAUUUAACAAAGCUGCACAAUCUCUGACUGAUGCUGUGGUUCCAAGUGCUCAGAAAAAUACUGCCCUAAAUAGAUUGGUAAAGGAUAAUGUUGCGUUAAUUGUUGUUCUAGAGGCCAAAUUCAGCAACCUUGGUGUCGAUAACCCUGGGAAACGCCAGCUUGUUUGUGUGGCAAACACUCAUGUAAAUAUGCAUCAAGAUUUGAAGGAUGUGAAGCUUUGGCAGGUUCAUACACUAUUGAAAGGAUUGGAAAAAAUUGCUGCCAGUGCAGACAUUCCCAUGUUGGUGUGUGGGGAUUUCAACUCUGUUCCUGGAAGUGCUCCUCAUUCCCUCCUUGCCAUGGGGAAAGUUGAUCCACUGCAUCCAGAUCUGGCACAAUUUGCGAAAAGCAAUUUAAGGCGGUGCCGGUGGUGUAGUGGUGGGGUGGAGGGGGUGGCGGGCCGAAGAAUAUGAUUAGGUUUUUGUUUCUUUUAAUUAACUUUUUUCCCUAAGUUAGAUCUACAACAUUAGAUCAAUUUAAUUUAAGAGUUGGGAUCAUUUAUAAGAUACCUUUGU